GCUGUCAUUACCAUGAGAAAAAUAAAACAGUCGGAAAGCGGCAUUCAAAUGUCUCCAAGAGAGCCGGCCCUAGUGUUUUGUUGCUGAGCGCCUCACUAAAUAUUAAUUAGGCGGGAAGGGUUACCUCACUGAGACGCGGUUUCAUCUUCUCUCUGCGCUGAGCUCCAUGGUUGUUCCUGAAAAGGCAGGAGAAGAGUGAUCAGCAUGUCUGAGACUCCAGAGGAGCAGCCGAGUACCGGGGUCUUGGGUCGAAUCGGCAGCUGGUUCUCUCCAUGGAGGGGAAAGAGUCCAAAAAGCCCCAGUGAGGUUGCCUUCCCUGCUGGCGAUGAGGCAGUUAAAUGUGAGGGAGAAGAGGAGAAUGGAGAGUCUGUGAGGGUCGAGGCAGGAGACCAACAGUGGGAGGCGAGGGAACAAAACUCCGAUCCCGGUCCGCUGGGACUCUUAAGAAACUUUUCGCCCAGUAAAGAGGGGGACGCCGCCGAGUCUGCCCACAGAGAAGGCUCGCCUGUGAGCAGUGGUGAGCCAGGAGGAGACGUUUCAAAAGAGGAGGAGUUUGCUCAGCCCAGGAAGAGGAGAACAGGGCUGGACCGGGGGAGCGGCGACAGUACGUUUGACAGCCGGAAUCCUGAGAAGAAUGCCAACCAACUGACGCAUCUCUUCUCCUUUGCAGAGCAAGGAGUGGCGUGGGACUCUGACCGAGACCACACCCAGAGGCAAGCGCACGCUCAGACAGGCAAAAGGCUCCAUGUGUACCUGGAGGAAACCAGUGUGACUCAGCGUGGCACGAACUCAGGUGUGGGGCAGGAAGUGGUCCGCACCAAAGUCAAGAAAAGCCUCCAGGUCAAACCGAAAGCAUCACUGAGCUUUGACUCUUUAGAAGAUAAGAAAGAGGCAGAUGAUGCUGAGAGCUACUACAGCGCCCUGGUAGGAGUGUCCCUCAGAUCAAAGACGUACGAAAGUGAAUAUUCAGGAGCAGACAGCAUGGGGCGGAAAAACGCAGCCCGCAGGAAGUACAGGAAGAAUUCUCAGGGAGAUCCACUCAGCAGUCCACGAGAGAAAACACCUCCUGACACGCAGCCGCCCCCAGAUACCUCACUGACCAUUCCUCAGAGCAAAAGCUGCCAUGACGUGAAUGAGCCUGCAAACUCCACCUCCGGGCAAGACCCCUCCUCCACCUCUCAGGCCUCACCUGGAGGAGGGAAGACAAUGACUUCCUGUUCUGAUAAGCCUAGGUAUUUGGAUAACAUCCAGAGCCAAGGCGCAGUGACACAGGCAUGUGCAGCCAUGGAGGACGAUGACACUGACUACAAAGUGGAGAGGAAGACAGAGACGCCGGAGUCCAAACGCAGGAGUCUGAAAGUGUCUCGAAGUGAGGUCAAGCUGUUUACCAAAUAUGUGCCUUUGAGUGCGGAGCAGCCUCUAUUGGAGAACAAUGAGCCGCCAGAAUCGAAGACUCCAUUGAAGUCAGCGGAAAACGGAGCUAAGGAGAGCUUCAAAUCUGAAAUAAGAGAAAGAACUCCAGACCUGAAGAACAAAAAUGACCCAUCUAAGGCAGCACCCGGUCGGGUCACCCAUAAGAUCAACAUCUUCGAGCGUCAGGCUGUUGGGGAGCACCAGAAGAGUUUCCCGAACCCGAGAAGUGCCGAAAGUUCCCCCGUUCGAAAACCCCCUGGAAGAGUCAAGACGGAAUUUGUUCUGUCGGAGGAGAGCUCAAAAUCCGUGGAGCGAUCCGGCACGGCCAGGCCGGAUCCAGUCCCUGCCUCUGGAGAGAUCCAAAUGUCAGUGAAGGAGCGGAUGAAGAACUUCACAGAGAAGUCAGAACUUAAAAUACCACCUAAGUCAGCCAGAAUGAUCACACCGAAAAAGCCCACACCGUCUUCAAAGUCAACAGAACUGGCCAGUCAGGGUAAACAGGAUACGAAAGAGAACGUAAAGACUAAUGUACUGUCAAAGACAGAACAACCUGAUAAACUAGUAAAGGCCACCAUUCAGGUCAGUGAGGCAAAAACAAAAGCUAGCUUGAAGGCUGGAGCUGUUAAACCCGACGACCUCCAGUUGGAUGCGGCGCAUAAAGGGUCGGGCGAGGCCACAGAAACUGGCGCCCUCAGUCCGAAAAGUCCAAACAGAACAAGUUCCAAAUCUAAAAGAAGGAAAGGCAGAGAAGCGACGAGCCCUGGUGGCUCUGAAAACAAGCAAGAGCUUGAAAGUAAACAGGUGGAUGGAAAAGACCUCUCAGCUAAAGCGGAGGAAAAGACGCCAGAUCAGGAAUCUGUCGCUGGAAUCACUGAGGUAGAUCUUGAAGCGUUAAACAGAGAGGAAGGUUCUUCUGUGGGCCUCACUGAUGCAUCCGUCACUGAAGAUGAACCUGAUACAGCCGCUUUUAUCCCAGAAACAAAGAUGCCCAUUGAUGGGGCUUCAGUUAUUUUACCUCCAAAGGAAGAAAAGAAACAAGAAAAGACCUCCCCACCACAGUCUGCUGAACAACCCGGAGAUAAGGCUUCCACUGAGAAGGAUGCUGCUGAAGAGCCACCACAGCUGACCGAGGAAUCAAAAAUAGCAAACGCCGAGGGGGUUUGUGCGGAGAGUAAAACAGAAACAAAAGCAGAGCCUGGGCCUCCAGUCCUGUCCCUGGAAAAUGACUAUCCAAAAGACAAAAUUACUCAGAGUGAAAGAGGGAGUGAGGAGAGUGCUGUUGUGGAUGUCAAAACAGGCAGUGUGUCCUCAGAACAGGCCAGUGGAUCAUCUGAAACACAGCAGUCAGAAAGCUUGCCACCAGAAAAAGCUGCCGUGGUAGAGACUAAUGAGCCUGAGAGCAGGCUCUCUGCAGCCAGCCCUCCGAAUGUGCCAGACUUUCAAACACGGCCAUUAGAAAGCUCUGAAACUCGAGCCGAACCAGCUGAGAGACAGACUGGUUCUGUGUCCGUGGAAAAGAAUUCAGCUGAUGAGUCACACGCACGUGGUGCCAGCGACGACGCGCAUUCCAGCUCGACGCUGGUUACCAAAACAACGGCUGCCGUGGAGGAAGUGAAUGUCAGAGAGUCCAGUGACACUCCAAUGUUGAAAACCACUGUGGAGUCAGUCAAAGAGGCUGCUACUGAAGUGAAAACAGAGCAGGAGGGUGAAAAUCAUGAAGUGAAGUUGGUGACCUCUGAGGGGAAGAUCUCGGACGAUAUCGAAACUCCAGCACCCAGUAAGGAAGAGUUUGAGGCUCCAGAAGAUGCUGAAAAGGUGACAGAAAGUCAAAGUCCCUCAGAAACUUCAAACUCUGUCGUUGAACUAAAAAAGACUGAAGUGGAAGAGCCGCCACCUGCUAGUGGCGUUGAUAUAACCAUAAAAUUACCCCCUGCUGAGAAGCUGAGCCAACCCCAGAAUGGUAGCACUUCACCGUCUUCCCAUAAGAAACAUCAAGAGUCAAAUCAGCAGUCAACCAUGCGAAGGCUUCCAUUGCCACGGGCCUUGAGCAGAGAGGAUUCUGCCGGGCAGGAAAGUCCGUCUAGCUGGCUGGAUGUGGACGUUCCUAAACAGAGACUCAAAGUUUCGAGUCCCAGACUGAGCUCGGGCGGCAGCGAGAGCAACCUUCUGGACGCGCCCGAUGAUUUAGACGACGACGACUUUGUGGAGAGGAUAAAAAAACUCUGCGCUCCAUUUCAGCUGCCGCCUCGCAAGCACAACACCUUCCGGCCGCCGCAGCCCCCCUUCGCUCUGCCCGCCAUCAAAGAGGACCGCUUCGAGAAGACCUUCGACCCUGAGGAGUUCACCUUCGGCUUGAGAAAGAAGAACAAAUUCACCAUUGAAACCCCAAGCCUUUUAGCCAGGCUCCAAGGGCCAGAAUUGAAAGCUGGAAUUAAACCUGCUAGGGCUAGCAUAGCAGACCGGUCCAUGCUGCUCAGCGCUCUGGAAGCAGAUGGCCCUGAUAAGACCACCCAUCAGGAGGAGGAGGAGGAUGGAAAGGAAGAGGAACAGAUCAGGGUGAAGUCUCGUCUGGAGGGCAGCUGUGUCCUGAGCGGACUCACAAGCUCGUUGUUAAGGAGCAGAAGAAAUGAAGCUCUGAUUCUAGAUGAUGACACGUCAGGAGAGGUGUCGCCUACUGAAGCCCCCCAGCUGAGCCCCCGGACAGACGCUCCGCCACCGAGUCCAACUCUUCCCUCCGGAGAAAAGCCUGGCAGAGAGGAACUCCAGCCUGCGGUCAGUGACUCAGGCCCGCCCUUUCCUUCCUUUAAAGACAUCAAGCUGCCAGACUUUUUAGCGAAGCACUUCCCUCCAGAAUCAAUGAAACCAAAGCAGGACGUUGAAGGACAGCAGACCCAAACCGAGAAAAUCAGCAGCCCAGUCUCCAACAUCAAGCCAGUUCCUGAUUUGGUGCCACCGGUGCCAUUGUUUGCUCCUGCUGCACCAGACACUGCCCCUGAGAUGAAGCCCCCGACUCGUCAGCAGCAGACAACUCUGGUGAACCACGUGAGUGAGAAACCCAAAGGUCCGGCACCAGUCACAGAGCCAGACGCGGCGGUGAGACCCAGACUAACUGCUGGUGACGGAGGGCCGUCGGUGUCGCCGGUGAUCACCGUGAGCAACGCCGCGGAGACCAGGCCUCCCACUCACCGGAGAGCGCCGGUUAAUCACGUUCGGGUCCCCAGACGGUUCCACAAGAGGCCUGGAAAGAUAACUCUGUUUGAGAAAGCUCAGUUCAGCGGGGAAAAGUACGACUUCCACAGGGAGCUCGCUGAUGCUACUACACUCAAGUUCUCGCCUGUGAUAUCUGUGAAGGUCGUCAGAGGAUGUUGGGUCCUCUACGAGAAGCCAGGCUUCCAAGGUCGCUGCAUCCCCCUGGAGGAGGGCGCCAUCGAGCUGCCCAAUGAGUGGGCGGAGCCUGGACAGGAGUCAACACAACCAGUGAGCAUCGGCUCGAUGCGACACGUCGUCUCUGACUACAGCUUCCCUCGCAUCGAUCUGUUUACCGAACCAGAGGGACGGGGCAGGGUGACACCGUACCACGACGACGUCAUAGAAACCGGUUCAUACGGAAUCCCGCUCAGCACCGCCUCCAUCCAAGUGCACUCAGGAGUGUGGAUGGUCUUCAGUGAUCCGGGCUUGCAGGGUGCAAUGGCCGUCCUGGAGGAAGGAGUGUACCCUUUUCCAGAGACCUGGGGGUUCUCAUCGCCUUUCGUCGGGUCUCUGCGGCCUCUGAAAAUGGGAGCAUUUAAAGUGGAGAACCCAAAUGAUGUCAAGGCCGUCGUCUUCGACUCUCCGAGGUUCGAGGGAUCCGCUCAGGAACUCGACAGCGAAGUUUUCAGCUUCUGUGAAGGCGACUCGGAUGCUCUGAUGCCAGCUGCUUCUGUGAAGAUAAUUGGAGGACUGUGGGUGGGCUACAGUGAGCCCGGGUUUGAGGGUCAGCAGUUCAUCCUAGAGGAAGGAGAGUAUCUGGACCCAUCGGACUGGGGUGGGUCUGAGCCACUCCUGGCACUGCGACCCAUUCUGUCGGACUUCCUGACGCCGCACCUGAAAAUGUUCAGCGACCUAAACUUCGGGCAGCUGGGGGUCAACAUAGACUUGGCAGUGCCGGUCGGCAACAUGGAGGAGACCGGCUACGGCACGAGGACCCAGUCCAUCGACGUCAUCAGUGGAGUGUGGGUCGCGUUUGAAGAGCCGGGCUUUUGUGGCGAGUCCUACAUCCUGGAAAAAGGCCUGUAUGGAUGCCCUGAGGACUGGGGGGCUCUGCAGCCCCGGAUCGCCUCGGCCAUGACGGUGGUUCUGGAUGACUUCGAGAAGCCGGCCAAAUUCAAGGUGCAGCUAUUUUCUCUGCCGGGUUUCCAAGGUACCGUCCUCGUGGUGGAGGACAACUUGGCGUCGCUGCAGGAAGGCUUCUGUGUGGCCUCAUGUAAGGUCCUUUCAGGCAGCUGGCUGGCGUUCGAGGGUCCAGACUUCAGUGGGAGGAUGUACGUGCUAGAGGAGGGCAACUACCCGGACCUGAGGGCGAUGGGCUGUGUCAACACCGGCUCCUCCAUCAUAUCCCUGCAGACCACUGGAUUUGAGUUCUCGCUGCCCUCCAUCACUCUGUUUGAGCGCUCUGGGCUGCGGGGGAAGAGGGUGGUCCUGACGGAGGGGUGCGUCAACCUUCAGCUGACUGGGGGGUGUACCAGGGUGCAGUCUGUGCACGUGGAGGGCGGCAUGUGGAUCUUAUACGAGGGUAUCAACUACCGCGGUGCUCAGAUCUUACUGACACCAGGUGAAGUACCCGACUGGUACGAGCUGAGCACCUGGAAGAAAAUCGGCUCCCUGCGCCCCCUACUGCAGAAGCAGGUCCAUUUCCGUCUGCGGAACCGCCACACUGGGCUCAUGAUGUCUGUGACCGGGGACCUGGACGAGAUCAAGCUGCUGCGGAUCCAGGAGAUGGAGGAGACGUGUGGUAUUGAGCAGCUCUGGUCCUAUCAGAGGGGACAUCUGCACUGCAAGCUGCUGGAGGAGUGCUGCUUGUGUCCCAGUGGGAGCGUCACCAUCGCGGGUAGCCGGAUAGGGCUGGCGCCGGGUUCAGAGCACCAAACGCAUCUGUGGAGCAUCACGCCAGACGGAUUUAUCCGCUACACGUCGUCAGCGGACCUGGUCCUAGAGGUCAAAGGUGGAACUCACUUCGACAAAAACCAGGUGAUUCUGAACAAACUGGACCCAAAUAAAGUGCAACAAAGAUGGGACGUGGAGAUCAUCUGACACUCAGGAGGAGCUGUGACACCUUAAAGGACCUAAUGGAUCAUUGCUGCUGGAUGAAACCUGACGAUAAAAGUGGGGAUCAGUGUCGCUAAAUAUUUGACUUGAUGUUCUUCCCCACCAAACCCUUUUGUUUUAACUUAAAACAGUGUUAGCUCAUUUUUACUGCCAACCACACCCUCUGGUUAAACUAGCAAGCAUUUUACAAAUGAAUGUGUAAACAAGUAUUUUUGUCAAUAAAUUUAUUCAACUUGUUCGCGU